CCAAGCACGGCCUUCCCACUGGGAACACAAACUCGCUGGCGGGAAGAACCCGGAAAGAAACCUGUGGAUCUCCCUUAGAGAUCAUCCAAAGAGAAGAAAGGUGACCUCACAUUCGUGCCCCUUAGCAGCACUCUGCAGAAAUGCCUCCUCAGCUGCAAAACGGCCUGAACCUUUCGGCCAAAGUUGUCCAGGGAAGCCUGGACAGCCUGCCCCAGGCAGUGAGGGAGUUUCUCGAGAAUAACGCUGAGCUGUGUCAGCCUGAUCACAUCCACAUCUGUGACGGCUCUGAGGAGGAGAAUGGGCGGCUUCUGGGCCAGAUGGAGGAAGAGGGCAUCCUCAGGCGGCUGAAGAAGUAUGACAACUGCUGGUUGGCUCUCACUGACCCCAGGGAUGUGGCCAGGAUCGAAAGCAAGACGGUUAUCGUCACCCAAGAGCAAAGAGACACAGUGCCCAUCCCCAAAACAGGCCUCAGCCAGCUCGGUCGCUGGAUGUCAGAGGAGGAUUUUGAGAAAGCGUUCAAUGCCAGGUUCCCAGGGUGCAUGAAAGGUCGCACCAUGUACGUCAUCCCAUUCAGCAUGGGGCCGCUGGGCUCGCCUCUGUCGAAGAUCGGCAUCGAGCUGACGGAUUCGCCCUACGUGGUGGCCAGCAUGCGGAUCAUGACGCGGAUGGGCACGCCCGUCCUGGAAGCACUGGGCGAUGGGGAGUUUGUCAAAUGCCUCCAUUCUGUGGGGUGCCCUCUGCCUUUAGAAAAGCCUUUGGUCAACAACUGGCCCUGCAACCCGGAGCUGACACUCAUCGCCCACCUGCCUGACCGCAGAGAGAUCAUCUCCUUUGGCAGUGGGUACGGCGGGAACUCGCUGCUCGGGAAGAAGUGCUUUGCUCUCAGGAUGGCCAGCCGGCUGGCCAAGGAGGAAGGGUGGCUGGCAGAGCACAUGCUGAUUCUGGGUAUAACCAACCCUGAGGGUGAGAAGAAAUACCUGGCGGCCGCAUUUCCCAGCGCCUGCGGGAAGACCAACCUGGCCAUGAUGAACCCCAGCCUCCCCGGGUGGAAGGUUGAGUGCGUCGGGGAUGACAUUGCCUGGAUGAAGUUUGACGCACAAGGUCAUUUACGGGCUAUCAACCCAGAAAAUGGCUUUUUCGGUGUCGCUCCUGGGACUUCAGUGAAGACCAACCCCAAUGCCAUCAAGACCAUCCAGAAGAACACCAUCUUUACCAAUGUGGCCGAGACCAGCGACGGGGGCGUUUACUGGGAAGGCAUUGAUGAGCCGCUAGCUUCAGGCGUCACCAUCACGUCCUGGAAGAAUAAGGAGUGGAGCCCAGAGGAUGGGGAACCUUGUGCCCACCCCAACUCGAGGUUCUGCACCCCUGCCAGCCAGUGCCCCAUCAUUGAUGCUGCCUGGGAGUCUCCGGAAGGUGUUCCCAUUGAAGGCAUUAUCUUUGGAGGUCGUAGACCUGCUGGUGUCCCUCUAGUCUAUGAAGCUCUCAGCUGGCAACAUGGAGUCUUUGUGGGGGCGGCCAUGAGAUCAGAGGCCACAGCGGCUGCAGAACAUAAAGGCAAAAUCAUCAUGCAUGACCCCUUUGCCAUGCGGCCCUUCUUUGGCUACAACUUUGGCAAAUACCUGGCCCACUGGCUUAGCAUGGCCCAGCACCCAGCAGCCAAACUGCCCAAGAUCUUCCAUGUCAACUGGUUCCGGAGGGACAAGGAAGGCAAAUUCCUCUGGCCAGGCUUUGGAGAGAACUCCAGGGUGCUGGAGUGGAUGUUCAACCGGAUCGAUGGAAAAGCCAGCGCCAAGCUCACGCCCAUAGGCUACAUCCCCAAGGAGGAUGCCCUGAACCUGAAAGGCCUGGGGCACAUCAACGUGAUGGAGCUUUUCAGCAUCUCCAAGGAAUUCUGGGAGAAGGAGGUGGAAGACAUUGAGAAGUAUCUGGAGGAUCAGGUCAAUGCCGACCUCCCCUGUGAAAUCGAGAGAGAGAUCCUUGCCUUGAAGCAAAGAAUAAGCCAGAUGUAAUCAGGGCCUGAGUGCUUUACCUUUAAAAUCAUCCCCUUUCCCAUCCAUAAGGUGCAGUAGGAGCAAGAGAGGGCAAGUGUUCCCAAAUUGACGCCACCAUAAUAAUCAUCACCACACCGUGAGCAGAUCUGAAAGGCACACUUUGAUUUUUUAAGGAUAAGAACCACAGAACACUGGGUAGUAGCUAAUGAAAUUGAGAAGGGAAAUCUUAGCAUGCCUCCAAAAAUUCACAUCCAAUGCAUAGUUUGUUCAAAUUUAAGGUUACUCAGGCAUUGAUCUUUUCAGUGUUUUUUCACUUUAGCUAUGUGGAUUAGCUAGAAUGCACACCAAAAAAAUACUUGAGCUGUAUAUAUAUAUGUGUGUGUGUGUGUGUGUGUGUGUGUGUGCAUGUAUGUGCACAUGUGUCUGUGUGGUAUAUUUGUGUAUGUGUAUUUGUGUGUACUGUUAUUGAAAAUAUAUUUAAUACCUUUGGAAAAAUCUUGGGCAAGAUGACCUACUAGUUUUCCUUGAAAAAAAGUUGCUUUGUUAUUAAUAUUGUGCUUAAAUUAUUUUUAUAUGCCAUUGUUCCUUACCUUUACAUAAUUGCAAUAUUUCCCCCUUACUACUUCUUGGAAAAAAAUUACAAAAUAAAGUUUUAUAGAAAAGAUGGAUUUGCUUUGCUUGGUUUUUCUUAUUUGAGCUACCAAGAGGAGAGAACUCUGAUUAAAUAUCUUGUGAUUUAAAUCCUGCCCCCUCCCCAAGAAGGUGGGGACGUUCAGAAUCACACUUGAAGAGGGGGUGCAUUGCCUGGUCCCAGGGAGAAGGAGGGAGCAGAUGGGGAGGAAUGAGGCAGGGAACCAUGGUUGGGGUUUUCUGAAUUUGCCGAAGCCACUAGUUGGCAUCCUUUAACAAUUCUACAAACCUUUAGAUGGUGAGGCUUAUGUGGCAGGACUGGGAGGGUUUAAUGCAUGCUUUUUGACAGUUUGGAUCCGGAGGGGUCUCAGGAUUCCACAAAAAUUACAUUGUGGACAGUUUCAUAGGAUUUUGCCUUUUAACUCUUCAAAGCAACAGUUUUCUCAACUGUCAUCCCCGCGGGGGAGCAGAGGAAGACAAGUGAGAAGGAAAAGGGGACAGGAUCUGGGUUGAGCAAGCAUUAAUUGAGCGCCUUCUGUAUCCCGGACAUCAUGCCAACACCAUGGGCUGCCCGAGAAGAGAGGUGGGUGGUUUGGUCCCCAGCUCUGCCUUGAACCCUCACCUGCUCUCCUCUACUCCCAGUGUUUAUUGGAUGUUCCAGAACAGUCCAAACAAACCAUAAACUUUAUAUCACAGAUUCAAUCUGUGUAAAUACUAUUAUCUUCAAGUUGUAGUUUCUUUCUUGGGCCCAGGCUGUGAAAUUGGCUUCACCCCUACCACACCCCAGCGGGCAGGCUUGUUCUUAUGUCACACUCCACCCCUCCAGUCUCCUCAACUGGAAAACUUGCCUCUUUUCCUCACUUCCUCUGCUCCUUACAAUGGCUUCACAUGGAAGGUGAAGCCGAGAUCACCCCAAUUUUACAGGUGAGGAAACUGAAGUCAAGCCAGGAGCGUCCAGCGGGGCUGAGAAAUUGCCAGGAUUUCCUUCCCCAUUAAGGAGCUGAGAGUCUUAGCUCCAGACACGUUGGCUUGUUAGAAUAUCAAAACCACCGAAGGGGAAAAACCACUUACUGGAAUUAAAUGCUGUCUGCUGUAUUAGUUUAAAUCAGUGGCGUUCAAACUUGUUUCUCCUUUUCACUGCGGAACACGUUCUUGACAUGUACUUGACUCAGAGUCCCAUGUCUAAAGGAGACAGAGCCCAAGGCAGCCCACCUGAAGCUGGGGAGGGAGUCCAAAGUGCAAGCCACCUGGUCUCCAUUUCCCCGCCCCUUGGGGGCCUUUGGGCAGCUCCUUGGACCCCUGAAAGAGGCCACCAGGAUAAACUUUGUUAAAAUGCAUGCCUUGUGCCCCACUGUCCUAUUACGGGCUUUCAGUAGUCUCCACUCCCUCGGCAGGCAAAGACACUGGCCAUCUCCAAAUUCCUUCCCCUCCUGCACAGCAUCAGCCACCUGGCAAGCAGCCUCACAUAGGACCAUUUGCCAGCAGGCCCUGCAAGCCUGGGGGACAGCCUAGAGGAGGUGACUUACAUACGCAGCAUAAGAGUUUUCAGGAGACCAAAAAGAUUCAAUAUAUGUCAUUGACUCCUGACUCAGUUUCCCCAAACCUUGCCUCCUGAGUGCUCCCUCUGUCUCCAAAUCGUGAUUUUUGUGCGUGGACCCCUGUCUACAAUAAACAGGAUACUAUGACUUCAUUCUUCAA